AUGAGUCGAGACACAAAGACAAAGCUGGUGCUGCCUUCUACGCGGACCCCGUCGGGAGAGGGGCACUGGCCUGUGGGACCGAGCCAGGAGGGGACAGCAGUUUUCGCCAUUGAGUGCAUGGCUACACUCAGGCCAAGCGUCUAUGCGGCUGUGUGUCUGUCUGCUGCUGUGGUGGGAGGGAAGGGGAACUCAUCAGAUAAGCCACCUCAUUUGGGCCGCUUCAAGAAGACUGAAAGGAGCUGUGGGGAGGCUUUCAUCUCCGAGACGGCAAAAAAGGGACAGAAUCAAGAUGGAGGGAGUGCGAGAGAGGAUGGGAAGGCAGGAGAGGCCUGA